AUGGUGCAAGAAGGCAUUGUAUUGGGUCAUCGAAUUUCUAACAAAGACAUUGAGGUAGAUAUAGCCAAGAUUGAAGUCAUUGAGAAUUUGCCACCACCUACUCCAGUCAAGGGAAUUCAAAGUUUCUUAGGGCAUGCAGGUUUCUAUAGGAGGUUUAUCAAAGAUUUCUCAAAAAUCUUUAAGCCUCUUUGUUCUUUACUUGAGCAAAAUCGAGCUUUUGAGUUCACCAAUGAGUGUCAAGAGGCAUUUACAACUUUGAAGAAGGCUCUUGUAUCUGCCCCUAUUAUUGUAGCUCCCGAUUGGUCCCUUCCUUUUGAGCUUAUGUGUGAUGCUAGGAAAGAACUUUUGGUUGUGCUAUUUGCUUUUGACAAGUUUAGAGCAUACCUUAUUGGGACUAAGGCUGUGGUGUACAGGGACCAUUCUACCAUCAAAAAAGGAACCGAGAAUCAAGUGGUUGACCAUCUUUCUAGACUUGAAGAUGAUAAGGAGGAUAAUUUUGAUCAGCCAAUUAAAGAGACAUUACCCAAUGAGCAACUCUAG